AUGUGCAUGGUGCGUUCACUUAUGUUUGACGCAGCAUGUCCCUUUCCUGUAUCGCAGGCGUGGCAGAUGCCUUUGCAGCAGAACGAUGUUGACUGCGGCAUCUUCGUCUGCCAGUACAUACAUGCGCUUGUGGAGGCGUGUUUCGAAGGUGCUGAGAUCGGGGUGCGGUUCAGCAUGAGCCCGUUGGCGUACCGACGUGGGUUACGGGAGGAUGUAUGCGCUCUUGCAGAAGGGCGGCUGAUCGGCGAGCUCACGGCAGCUGGGCAUGAGAUCCCUCCUGGCAAUGAGAUAUCAAAACCGCAUGAGGCUGAGGUGAUUGGCGAUGAGGUGGAGGAUAAGGAGUGGAGAGCGGAGAUGGCCGAACGAAUGCAUAGGCUGGAGGUUCGCAAUGAGGGUCAGGCAGUGGCUAUUGCCAAGCUCGAGUGGACAGAGACGACGAGUCGCAAUAACGCGCGUGGUAGAGCUCUUAGCUCAGGUUAUACAGGAGUAAGCAAACGGGAAAAUAAGUGGGCGGCGAAGCUGUGUGUAGAUGGUCCUAGAGGCAAAUUUUUAGCGCUGGGACGGUACACCGACAUCCUGGAAGCCGCAACAGCCUAUGCCGCAGCCGCUCACAUCUGCCGACCGUCCCUCUCCGGCUCAAAGAUGGUGGAGUUGAACGAGGAGGACAGGAGGUGCUUGGAGGGUUUGACGUCGAAAGGGGUUGAGCGGAUUGUGGAUGCCAAGCGGUGGCCGGAGUGGAGGAACUGGCGUGCAGUGCUCAGCAGCCUCCCUGAGCCUUCCACCCCAGCGGCAACAGGAGUUCACACACAGGCCCCACCUCCCUUUUCCCACCAGCAUCCUGGAGCCACGUUUGGCUACCAUCAGCCAGCUGCCGCCUUCGCGGGACACGCCGGUGCGACCCCAAACCAAGGCCAUACCGCAGCACAGAACACAGCACCCUAUCCGCAUGUCCUACCCACACCACCAGCCGUUGCACCCAGCACGGCACAACAGGGAACAGACCCACACGCCCACCAGGUUCCGCCCUCUGAGGAAAAUGCACAGGCCAGGGUAGCUGGCAUGACAGAUUCCCAGCACAAUCUGAGCAUGCCCACUGCACCCAACGACCCCAACCCCCCGUCGCACGGCUCCGCACUGGCAAGUGAGCCAGCAGCAGGUGAGAUGUGUUGA